AAUAAACAGAGAUGGUCACUCAAUACUUUACUCUUGCGCAAGGGAGCGUGUCUGAUUUCUCCAAAUCUCCCUUCCCUUCCCUUUCCUCUCUGCUCUGCUUUCUUAGAUCUCUCAAUACCUCGAACCCCUACAAUCCCAACGGCCACAUUUCCAUUAAUUUCUUAGACUUCCCGUAUUAAAUCUAAUACCAUACUCCCUUCAAGACAUCCACCGCCUUUUCCUUUAUAACAUGUCUCACUAUAUAUUCCUUCCUGUAAUUUUGUCUGCCAUUUUCGUGACGCUGCCGCCGUUGAUGGCCCAGACGGUGGUCACGGAGCUUUGGUGCGUCGCGAAGAACAACGCGGAGGAUGCUGCGCUGCAGGGAGCGCUGGACUGGGCGUGCGGCGCAGGCGGAGCCGACUGCGCACGGAUCCAGCAAGGCGGACCCUGUUAUGACCCCUCAGAUAUACAGAAAACGGCGUCCUAUGCCUUCAAUGAUUACUACUUGAAGCACGGCUUGACUGAUGAUGCUUGCUCCUUCUCCAACACUGCCGCCCUCACUUCCUUAAACCCUAGCCAUGGUGAUUGCAAGUUUCCUUCCAGCAAGACAGUGAACAACGCAAGCAUUUCUGGGUCAAUGGGAACACUGGGGAUGGGACCAGAUACUGCAGAUUUGAGUGCUUCUGGUCGCAUUGCUCACUCCUGGCUAAGGUCGCUAAUUGUUGCUCAUCUGUUUCUGGUAAUUGUAAGGAUCUUUUCAGAAAAUUAGAGUACUGAAAUGACACGUUUUUGUUGAAAAUCAUAGCCAUUUUUUCUUGAAGUAGAAAAGCAAAUGCUUUUUGUACACAAGCUGUAUUUAAACUAUUAGAUUGAAUGCCUUUUUUGAGCUUUAUUAAUCUUUUUUUUUU